UCCUCCAUCACACUUUCCUCCGCCAGUCCGCUCUACAAAACCCACCCCCCAAACCCCAAUUCCACUUCAACCCCAAACCCAUCUCUCUCUCUCUCUCUCUCUCUCUCUCUCUCUCUCUCCACAUUUUUCCAUAUCUCCACUUUCUUUCACACUGCUUUCCAAAUCAUUGCCACUCAAUUUGUUGAUAACCUUGUCUGGUACAGUUUAUGCGCACGUUGUCGUUCAAUUAUUUGAUAAUUCAGUUGUCCCGUUCAGCUUAAUCGCGAUUCGUGCGCCAAUUAAUCCUGACCGACCAAUCCUACCGACGUCGUUCGAUCGCAAACGAAAAUGAGGAAGGCAAACAACCAGAACAGGUUCAUUCGCCUGAUCACCCUGCCGGUCCGGGUCCUAACCAAAGCAAGGGACUUCUACGUCAAGAGCAUGAUCGACUGCACCGCAAGCGCCAAUUACGGCUCCAACGCGAUGGGCGUCGGGUCCGGACUAGCCUCGUCCCUCCCCAAGAGCUUCAGCGGCAACUCGUCGAGGUCGAGCAACGACGGCGACGACCUGAGAGAGCUGAUCAGAGCCGCCUCCGCCAGGGGCUUGGGAAGCACCAGCACUGGUCGCGCUGAGAUGGAUUUGUACUUGCAGCACCAGAUGCGGAGGCGCUCGACGGCGGCGGCCACGGUGGUGCCGAGGAGUUGUAGCGUGGGGAUGGGGAGGAUCGACGAGGACGGGCCGUGUGACUUUGAGGAGGAGAGUUUCGGUGGGGGAGCGGAGUUGGUGUACCCGAGAAGUCGGAGCUAUGCUGUCACGAAGAGAAGCGUGGUGUUUUGAAUAAUUUUUUUGCCUUUUUUGUCUUUUUCAGAUACCUACAAAUCUUUAUUGUUUUUCUUUUUUUCAAACGGAUUCAGAUAAGGAUUGAAGAACUCUCAUUUAUCUGAUUGUUUAUUUCUUUUUUAUUUAUUUAUGUUAAUUUCUUGUCUGAAGGUUGGUGGUGGUUAAUACAAGUGGAACUGUAAUUUUUCA